CGAGCAGUCCGCACACCGCCACCAAGUCCCGGAGCCGCACCAGCACCAGCACCAGCAGCCGCCGCCGCCGCGCCAGGAAACAGGACCCUUCCUGAUCGUCCAGCCCGAAGCCUGAACUCCGGACGGUGGUGCAGCACCAUGUGGAGGAGGGCAUCUGCAGCUGCCCUGCUGGCCUUAGCUGUGGGGUUUCUGUACCACUCCAGCCCUGAACUACCGGAGCAGCUCCUACAGUACAUCACCCUGCCAGCCUCCCAGUCUGCCCCAGACCACCAAAGCCAGCAGCCCAGUUUUGAGCAGGUCAUCUCCACCGCCUGGGACACCCUGAUAAAAUUGCCUGCCCAGCAGUGGAGCAGAGUGGCAGUAGGGGUCAACGCCUGUGUGGAUGUGGUCGUCUCUGGGGUUGGACUGCUGCAGGCUUUGGCCAUGGAUCCCGGUUCUGGUCUAGAUCAUGAAGUCUUGCACUCAAAAGAGGACCUGAAGGAGGCCUUCAUCCAUUUCAUGGCGCGGGGAGCAGCCGCGGAGCGUUUCUUCAGCGAUCGGGAGACAUUUCAGAGAAUAGCACAGGCAGCGGCCGAGUACCCCGGGGCGAAGCUGUACGUCGGAGGGAAUGCCGCCCUCAUCGGUCAGAAACUUGCCUCAUACCCUGACUUAAUGGUGUUGUUGUGUGCGCCAAUCGGUCCCAAACUUCACGAGAUGCUGGAUGAGCAGAUUGUGGUUCCCCCAGAGUCCCUCCAAGAGACUGAUGAAUACCACCUCAUCCUGGAAUACAAAGCAGGUGAGCGGUGGGGUUCGACUCAGGCACCCCAGGCCAGCCGCUUCAUUUUCUCUCAUGACGUGUCCAACGGGGAGAUGAGCCCUCUGGAGACGUUUGUGGCCAGCCUGGAGGAGUUCCAGCCCGACCUGGUGGUUCUGUCGGGCCUGCACAUGAUGGAAGGCCAGGGGAGACAGCUCUGGGAGGAGAGGCUGAAGGAGGCUGUGGUGGCCGUAUCUGACAUCCCCAGAGAGGUUCCCAUCCACCUGGAGCUGGCCAGCAUGACCGACAGAGACUACAUGAACAGCAUCAUGAAGGAGCAGUUCAUGCCCAUUGUCAGCUCCAUUGGUCUGAAUGAACAGGAGCUGCUGUUCCUUGCCCAGGCAGGAAAGGGUCCACAUGCGGACUUGACCUCCUGGAAGGGGAUCCCAGACGUGGGCCAGGUCAGCGACAUUCUCCUUUGGAUCCUGGAUCAGCAUGGCCACAGCGACCCUUCCUCAGAGGCGGACCUCACACGGAUCCACUUCCACACCCUGGCGUACCACAUCCUGGCCACGGUGGAUGGCUACUGGGGAAACCAGGCGGCGGCCGUUAUGGCGGGGGCGCGUGUGGCGAGCACGCAGGCCUGCGGGCUCCGGUCUGUUGAUGUUUACAAGGUGGAGCUGAAAGCCCCAAUGGAGUUCCACAGCUCCGACAGCGAGCCCAGAGAGAAGCUGUCGUUAAACCCGGAAGAUCCCGUCACCGUGUGGCGGCGUGGGAAUGUGACCUUUCACCUCACGCCGGUGCUGGUCUGUAAACAGCCAUUGCGGACAGUAGGGCUCGGGGACGCCAUCUCAGCGGAGGGACUGGUGUAUUCUGAGUUAAAGCCAGGGCAGGAUUUGUAAAAGCUGGUUUAUACCUUGCGCUCCGAUCCUCUUUAUAAAGAUGACGUAUGCGCAAAAAAAGCCGCUCCCUCCCCCCAGCAAAGUUAGUACGGCAGGUUCCGGGUCCGACCGGGUUCUUUGUCUUCCCUUCCAAAGUUCUGUCCAGUGCAUUUCAAAUCGUGAUUGGCUGUUUUGGAUCCUGCCUGAUGUCGGCUCCAGCCUGCAUCGAUCUCCUCGGGUCUCCCCUCCUCCUGUGAGCUUCCCUCUGGACACAGAAUCCAGAACAGAACAUCCUGGAACCGGGCCGAUGCAUUUGGGAGGAACUAUGCAUUGGGCACAGUUUAAAGCCAUUCUCACAAACUCCAAAGAGUUUUGUUGGCGCAUCUUAGGUUUUGUUGUCUUGCAUAUCUUCGUUAUGCAGUGCCUUGAUGGAAAAAGUUCAUCUAAAAGAAAAACGUGUUUUAGUCAGUCAUUCAUCAGCUCGUACCAUGGCGGAUGGAAACAAACAGCUCCUCAGAAAUCUUGAAGUAAAUUGUAGGCCGUGGAACCACAGCACCCAGUCAGUAUAGCUGUGUCCUCAUCAAGGUGUUGCCCUCCUCAGUCUGUCACUGUUUGUCAUGGGACCUACAGUCAGUGGUUGGUUCAUGCCAGGGGUAAAAAUACUUCUUUGCCGGUAACUUUUCCUGUCUACUGCUUUUGUUUCGUUCACAUGAAAUAUGCCGUAAAAAGGUCAAGUGUUGAAAAAGUGUUUCUGGCCCAGGAAUAAAACUCCUCUCUGUCCAACCCCCGUGUCCGCACCUGGGAGCUUAAAUUAACAAAUGUCUUUAUCGUCUUAAGAAUUUCCGGUCUGGAUCAGCUCCCCGCACAUCAUGUAUUUGUUCUUUCUCUAAAGCCUCCUGCAGACUGUGAUUUGGGCCGUCUCGGAUGAAAGAUGACUAAACGUGGCGAUAUCUUUGGUCGUGGCUCCAAAACGGCGGUCCUACGUCGCACUGUGAGACAGGUUCAAAGACGGCCGUUAUUAUGGUCUUGCCACUGAAGACAACCUGAGACAAAAGUCUGACAGCGUCCGAAAUUUAGGACGACCAUCUCACAAUGUGACCGCUGCUACGACCUACGUCUACUGACCAACCAAUAGAAAUGCAGCACGAAAUGACACACUAUCAAUGCGAUGCAGAAUCUUUGCUGGUGCUAAACACAAACACACUGUUAGCAUCUGUGACCCAAAUGUCAUGGAUUCAACAAAACGAGCAACAAAACAAGCUGUGGCGACUAUUGAAAGGACUCGAUUCCUGCUUGGCGUCAUGUUGCUCUACCAGCGGCGUAGAUUGAUGACACGCUGAUGCAGCACACACACCGAUGACGUUUUAUGGACUUGCGUCGUAGCCUGCGAUUCAGUAGUGUUAUCAUUGUACAGUCUACAUACGUCACACUCGAUGUCGUACCCAAGUUAAUUAGAUCCAUAUCGCACAGUGUGGCUUCCAGUAAACUUAUAGGAUUGCUAAAAUCACACAGUCUGCAGGAGGCUUAAGUGAUGUUCAGAAGAUAAAUACUCAGAAGAACAAGAAAACUAGGGAAGAAAACUUAAUGUUGUCUCUUUUUGGCCAUAAACACUUCCAUUAUAAAAACCUUUUUUUGAGUUUUGUGAAGUCCACACAGCAGAACAUACAGACGAGCAGCAUGUGGGCCAGAUGUUCAGAGCAUCCUGGUGGGUUUUGGGCCAGAUGUUCAGAGCAUCCUGGUGCGUUCCGAUGCAAUCCUGAAAUGAUCCAUCUGUCUGAGGAACUUUAGAAAUUAAAGUGUUAAACAUCAUUCUGGGUGGGAUGGGAGACACACAUGCAGUAGAACCUAGUACUGAAUUAGAAACCGGCUAAUUCAGCUAAGAGUUGAAUUCAUGUCUCAUCAGCGAGGUGUAGACUAUCGUAACGGGGCCAAAAUCCACUGCAGCAAGGCUGUUUGUACCAUUCUUUCCACCUCUUAGUCAGUAAAUAUUUAAUUGAAUUGAUUGUGAAUGAGUAAAACACUGACUUUAGCUGAGAGAUGCAAUAAUCUGGCCAGCCUAAUGUACCGCUAGUUAUUUAAUGUGAAUUUCUGCACAGUUUCUGAUUCCGGUUUGAUGUAAUUGUACUGUAAUAGAGGUAAAUGAGCUUUCUCCGUUUUGUUUUUUUCCAGUAAAGUCAAGUCAAUUUUAUUUGUAUAGCCCAAGAUCACAAAUUACACAUACUGACAAAUGACCACACUUUUGGGAUGUUGUGUUACUGAUAGAACUAUGUGUUUGUAUACCUCAAAUGGCCGCUGAAGGCAUGCAGCGAUGGAGUCUUAUUGUACAAAUAUGUAUGUAUGUCAUCUUACCUAGCAGAACCAAUUCUUUGCACUAGGAAGUGGCAGGUCUGCUCAAAGGGGCAUCUGCAAAAGGUGAAUGUAGCCUUAUAUUUUAACAUUUGAAACCCCAAUUCAUUUUUAAUAAUUAUUAUUAGCAAGUACAAUCUGUCAAGUUUACUUAUCAGUUGAUAUAUCAUGUUUAAUAUUUUAACAGUUUAAACUGUCAAUGUUUAGUUCCUUGUAGUUUGCCAUUAAAAUGUAUAU